CAUUUGUAUUUCUGCAAUAACAAGUAAUAAUGGCAGAAAAUGACCAAAAACCAAAAGUAAGUUAUAAAUUUAGUAACUUCUUUAUGGAAGUAGGCAAUAAAGCUACUUAUAUUUGAAUAUUUACAGCUUUUUUUCUUAAUUUAUUUUUAACUAUAAAUUCAGGGAUUUUGUUUGCAAAAUAUGCUUUUUAUAAGUAUUCAUAGCUGACAGAUAACGCUUGUAACUGUAAAAAUGGUAGAAAAUAAAUAGUUGACGUGAUUUUUUCUACCUAAAAAGCGCUUAAAAGAUUGUUGAGUAGACAGUUUUUUUAACAUUGAAAGUUCUCCACUUUUCACUUUGAGUUCAUUGCCUAAAAGAACUGUUUUCUCGGUUGAAGCAAAUUUGGUCACUUAGUAAAGAUUCAAUUUAUCAUUUUCAGUCAAAAAAAGGUAUUAUUGGCAUCAACAAGAUUUAUAACGUAGAAGAAACUUACCCUAAUAUGGUUGUAUAUCGCUCUUUUCAAAUAAUUUUUCAGCAUAUGUUAAUUCUGACAUUUUUAACUUUCAGAUUACGAUUAACACACCGCCUCAUAGCCCAGAAGGUAAAGCAUUUAGAGCACGCUUUAAAAUUGCUCUUCCCAUAUUCUUAAAAUAUAUCCCGAAAAAAAUCUUAUAUGUGCUUACAUCAUCCUACAGCUGAGACUGACGAGGAAUACUUCAGGAUUGUGAGGGAAUUUCCCAUAAGUAACUAUUUGAAAUAUUACCUUCUGUACAAUAAAGUAUACUCUAUCAAUGCUUACAUAUUGCGUCCUAGAUGAGGUUGUGAUUGCGACCGACAACCCAAACGGAAAGGAAAAGACGGCAAAUGAGAUUAUUCCAGUUGGAAUUCCGCCACGUGAGGAUACAUCAGGAGCUGGUAAGAGAAAAGUGGAAGACGAAGAAGAAGAUGAAUAUGAUGGGGUAUUUAGACGUCCUAAAGUUCCGAAAAGUCCCCUAGUCGUAAAAAGUAGGAAAGAUGUCUUCGAACAAGAAAAAUGGCCACAAGAAACUUGA